GACUUCUGCUGGCGCGCGAGGCCUCGCCGAGUCAAUCUUGAGCAAGUGACACUUGAUGUUUCUGGUCGCAGUGAAAAGUUAGGGGGGAAAACUCUGUGCUAUUGUCAGACCGUUGUCACACUGUUGCCUCCGCAGCGCACACUUUCAGGUGAGUUAUUUUUGCGCCAUAUUCUGACAAUGUCGAGUUUAUCCCAUUGAAAGAUAAACAUUUAAGACAAACUGCAUUGAAAUAGAGCAUCAAUAUCGAUUGCAUUGUUGUGGAAUUUAUUUGUUGACCUUGUAAUUAGUGUUUACUUUUUAAUCAAUGACUGUUUAAGUCUAAACUGAUUUAAAAAUCGGACGCUGUCUAACUGGCGAUAGCGCUACCAUAACUUGUAACUGGCAAUAGCGCUACCAUAACUUGUUACUGGCAAUAGCGCUACCAUAACUUGUGAAUGGAGAUGGCACUACCAUAACUUGUAACUGGCAAUAGCGCUACCAUAACUUGUAACUGGCGAUAGCGCUACCAUAACUUCUAACUGGCGAUAGCGCUACCAUAACUUGUAACUGGCGAUAGCACUACCAUAACUUGUAACUGGCGAUAGCGCUACCAUAACUUGUAACUGGCGAUAGCGCUACCAUAACUUGUUACUGGCAAUAGUGCUACCAUAACUUGUAACUGGCGAUUGCGCUACCAUAACUUGUAACUGGCGAUAGCGCUACCAUAACUUGUAACUGGCGAUUGCGCUCCCCCAAAACUUGUAAUUGGAGAUAGCGCUACCAUAACUUGUUACUGGCAAUAGCGCUACCAUAACUUGUUACUGGCAAUAGUGCUACCAUAACUUGUAACUGGCGAUUGCGCUACCAUAACUUGUAACUGGCGAUAGCACUACCAUAACUUGUAACUGGCGAUUGCGCUCCCCCAAAACUUGUAACUGGAGAUAGCAAUGCUAUUUGUAACUGAUCAUAAGGAUAGAAAUAACAAAUAUGUGGACGAUAGAGCUGAUAUUUUUAUUUUUUUUAAAUAUGGUAAAACGAUGAUAAUUAUAAUGAUGAUGUUAAGGAUGAUAAAAUAAUGAAACCAAUGACGUUACUAACUUUACAGAAAAAUGCCGACCAUCAGCUUCCUUCUCGUGGUGUCAGCCAUCUUUAACCUACCGCAAGUCUUUCCUUUUCUUACAACCUCCCGUGCCACAUUGGACACAUCGCUAGGUCCGGUCGCCGGCUUCAAGAAACAGGUAGCUGGAGUCGAACUUUCUGUUUUCUACGGGAUCCCAUUCGCGACUCCUCCUGUUGGAGAGCUCCGCUUCAAACCCCCGGUGCCAGCCCAACCGUGGCAGGACCCACGUGACGUCACACAGCGGCCGAACUCUUGCUGGCAGGUCAUUGACACGGCUUUCAAUCGCUUCCCUGGGGUGGAGAUGUGGAACCCGAACACGCCAAGGAGUGAGGACUGCCUGUACCUCAACGUGUGGAGACCGGCCGGUAACAUGUCCAGCGCCAAGCCAAUCAUGGUGUGGAUCUACGGGGGUGGCUUCUCCUCGGGGUCUUCAACGCUGGACGUCUACGACGGCAGCGAACUGACCGCCAGGAAUGACGUCAUAGUCGUGUCGAUCGCCUACAGAGUCGGAGUAAUGGGAUUUCUCUACGCGGGCACUAGUGACGCCCCUGGCAACGCCGGGCUGCUGGAUCAGGCGUUGGGGCUGAAGUGGGUCAAGGACAAUGCUGUAAAUCUCGGAGGCUCCCCCGACGACAUCACCAUAUUCGGGGAAAGUGCCGGCGCCGCGAGCGUGGGGCUCCACCUGCUCUCUCCGGUGUCCAGAGAUUUGUUCACCUACGCCAUCAUGGAGAGCGCCUCCCCUUUCGGUCCUUGGGUGAUACAGGGUCACGACCUCGCCAGAUCUAGGACACGCCAGCUGGCCACCAUCUUGGCGUGCCCGACGACUUCAGAUUAUCGAGAAAUCGUCGAAUGUCUGAGAACAAAGGAUCCCGGGGCGUUGGUCGAAAAACAGUUUGACCUAGUUUCAUACUUUUUUGAGGUCCCAAUCGGACCAGUUGUAGACGGCAUUUUCUUAAACGACACGCCUCAGGCACUGAUCAGCAGAGGCGACGUUAAAAACACGAGCAUUUUGAUUGGCGUCAACAAGAACGAAGGCAUUUACUUUGCAAUCUACGGUUUCAAGAAUUAUUUCCCGCUCGAUGGUGACGGGACACUGACAGAGGGCCAGUACAACGCGAUUCUCGGGGAGAUCUUCCUCAACAACGAGACGAGAGUUGAACAGGCCAAGGGCGUAUACGGAAGUGACCCCUCGAGUUCGUACACCGACAUAAUCGACGCCGUCACCGGCGACAUGCUGUUUAAAUGCCCGGUGGUCGGUUUCGCCCAGAAAUACGCAGAGCUCGGCGGUCAGGUCUUCAUGUACAGCUUCGAGCACAGGGUCAGCACAAACCCGUGGCCGGAGUGGCUGGGGACGGUCCACGGCUACGAGAUCGAGGUCAUCUUUGGUCUUCCCUUGGACCCGAGCGCGAACUACACAGCGCGUGAGAGGCAGCUGAGUGUGGACAUGAUGACCUGGUGGACACAGUUCGCCAAGACUGGGUCAGCCACAGUUUGUUUACACAUUGAUGAACUUCUCCCAGCGUCAUGAACUAUGUUUUUUUUUAAAUAUCGCUUUUGAUUCAUAUUGCUUCGCUUAGAUUAAUACAUAGAUAUUUUCAAGUCCAAUAAUUAAGUUUUUGACCAAAAAAGUAUUUUCGUGAAUAUCUAUUUAGUUUUUAACCAAAAAAAGCAACAAAAAAAAAAAAAUGGUGUGAAAGCCUUUAUAAAAAUUCGCUUUUGCUCGAACGGCUCAUUGACCCACUUCCCGUCAACCUAUCGCGCUGCAACUGGGCACACAAAUUCGUUGCCGAUGACAACAGAUUCUAUCAAAUUGUAGCCCCACCCCAAAAACCCUACCCCAAUAAUCAUUUUUUAAAAACUGUUUUUCAAAGGGAAGUUGCAGGGAAUAUGGCUACACGGAUUUUACGAAAUAAAACUCCAGAUCACUGCGCUAAAUGAAAUUCUUGUGUUUUUUUUUUUUUUUUUAAAUAUCGCAAGUGCGUUUGUUGCGUGAUAUUUUAUUUUGGUUUUUUGAAAUAGCUGGUGAAAUAAAUCUGCCGUUUAAAGGCGGGUGGAACAUUGGCCUAUUUAUAUAAAGUAAAAUAAUAAAAAAAUACGUAUAAAUAAUUUAUGCAACUAACUUUUUUUCCAGGGGUUGUUUAAUUGUGUACGAUAAUUUAAUGAUCUAAUGCCGGAGAAAAUUUUUUUUUGCUAAAAAAUAAUAAAAAUAAUAAUUAAUGGUACAUAAUAAUUAUGUACCAUUAAUUAUUAUUUUUAUUAUUCAAUUAUUGAAGUCUAGGGUGAUGUAUUAACAAAUCUUAUUAACCACAUGUUUCAGUUGGUGAUUCACUAAGCUAUAAUUAAUUGCCGUCUCUUCUUCCAGAAAUCCUAAUUCAGCCAGUGCAGACACCUGGCCAAGGUAUACAACACGUGAUCAGAUUUACGUCAUCAUAGACACUAAUGACGUCAGACUUGGCGCUCAGCUACGUCAUCAUGAGUGCGCCUUCCAAGAGAACCACAACGUCACGCAUGGGACAGUUGGUAAGUAGACAUUAGCCAUAGGAUAAUUGGUAAGUAGACAUUAGCCAUAGGAUAAUUGGUAAGUAGACAUUAGCCAUAGGAUAAUUGGUAAGUAGACAAUAGCCAUAGGAUAAUUGGUAAGUAGACAUUAGCCAUAGGAUAAUUGGUAAGUAGACAGUAGCCAUAGGAUAAUUGGUAAGUAGACAGUAGCCAUAGGAUAAUUGGUAAGUAGACAUUAGCCAUAGGAUAAUUGGUAAGUAGACAAUAGCCAUAGGAUAAUUGGUAAGUAGACAUUAGCCAUAGGAUAAUUGGUAAGUAGACAUUAGCCAUAGGAUAAUUGGUAAGUAGACAUUAGCCAUAGGAUAAUUGGUAAGUAGACAUUAGCCAUAGGGUAAUUGGUAAGUAGACAUUAGCCAUAGGAUAAUUGGUAAGUAGACAUUAGCCAUAGGAUAAUUGGUAAGUAGACAUUAGCCAUAGGAUAAUUGGUAAGUAGACAUUAGCCAUAGGGUAAUUGGUAAGUAGACAUUAGCCAUAGGAUAAUUGGUAAGUAGACAGUAGCCAUAGGAUAAUUGGUAAGUAGACAGUAGCCAUAGGAUAAUUGGUAAUUAGACAUUAGCCAUAGUAUAAUUGGUAAGUAGACAGUAGCCAUAGGAUAAUUGGUAAGUAGACAGUAGCCAUAGGAUAAUUGGUAAGUAGACAGUAGCCAUAAGAUAAUUGGUAAGUAGACAUUAGCCAUAGGAUAAUUGGUAAGUAGACAUUAGCCACAUGAUAAUUGGUAAGUAGACAGUAGCCAUAGGAUAAUUGGUAAGUAGACAUUAGCCCAUAGGAUAAUUGGUAAGUAGACAGUAGAUGCUUUAAAAGUAGUUGUAGGACCCUCCAGGCCAAGUGUGCAUCAGAUGUCACCAGUUGUAGGACCCUCCAGGCCAAGUGUGCAUUAGAUGGCACCAGUUGUAGGACCCUUCAGGCCAAGUGUGCAUUAGAUGGCACCAGUUGUAGGACCCUCCAGGCCAAGUGUGCAUUAGAUGGCACCAGUGGUAAGAUCCAGCAGGCCUAAAAAUAUAACCCUCUUGAUUUCAAAUGAAAAAGAAAUAAUCUAUGACCUUUGAUACCACAAUGCCAACAAUCAGAGACGCGCUUUCCUCUGUAAGCCAUAAUAACCAUAAUAUCAAAUAUCAAAGCUCUUCAAAGGUCACUAUACCGUAAUGAUAGCUAUUUGUGUUGGCCAUCUCAUCUUGAUGAUGUUAAUUUUAGGGUUUAGCUCCCAGGAGGGGAAAUAAGUAGUAGCAUCGUUAAUACCCGCAAAGGGUGUUUGGGUGGGGGGAGGGGGGUCAUGAAAUUGCAAGCCGUUUUGUUUUGACAUUUACUUGUAAAGCAAUUAGCGUGACUCAAAGUCAGUCGAGCGCGGUAACAUCUUGAAGCAGUUUGAUAUUACUUUCCAAGACAAGCAGAGUGUACAAUGUAAUAUUGGGAAGCAUUUGAAAAAAGCCGGAAAAGAUAUGAUAGUUCUCCACUUUGGGGGGUGGGGGGGGAUUUAAUUUUAUUUUAUUGAACAAUAGGUGGGGUAUUCUCUCUCUUUCCUCUCCUCAUUCCUCUCCUCUUUCCUCUCCUCAUUCCUCUACUCAUUUCUCCACUCUCUCGCACCCUGGAAGCCAAUUGAUCAAACUCCCUCCUUUCUGACCCUACCCCAUGUCCUAGAACCUAGUCAACCCGACCCUAGCUCUCCUGUACCCAAUUCCCCCUUAACCCAACUACCCCCUGACCCCUAAACGUAACUACCCCCUGGCCCCAGUCCCCAACUCAUCCUUGAACACAGCCCCCCCCCCCCCCACGAAGGAAGACAUUCAAAUACCCUGAAUUUCAAAAAGAUAUGACCAACCACCUCCCCCUUUCUUAUAUGAAGCUCAGAUAGAUUGAGCAUUUCACAAAUCUGUAGUUAGAAACAGCAUCUGUGUGAUGAUUUGUUAAUCUACAUAACAAAACACAGUCGCUCACACAUAUAUGUGCUACCCUACAUGCUCAAGGUUCGAGCCGCAUGUAGACGAAGCUAGGGCAUCUCUUCCGGAAUGAAACAAGUGAAUUGUGUAGGCCCAACUGUGUCGUAUUUUGCUUUUACUGCCCAAUUACACUGCAGCUCUAUUAGCUCCAUCUGCAAAUGUACAGGUGCAGUUUCCACGUCAAUGACAAAGGGUUACGAAAGAGCUCGAAAUUACUAUCUUUGCUUUAAAAUCAGGAAAGCGCCGUGCAAAAUCGGGCGCGAAGUAAGAUUUUCAGCAAAGUUUGCAUUUGGAAACGCCAUAGCGUUGACUUGGGUAUAAUUGUAAGCCGGUUCAAGACCUCGCGGGCCUGAUAUAAUUGUAAGGCUGGCUUGAUGUGGUCCGCGGGCCUUGAGUUUGACAAAACUGCACUAUAUGUAUUGACGAAACACUGUAUGUAUUUAGGUACUUUAACUCUAGAUGCUGAUAGCACUGUCUGUGAUUGUAUGGGCGUUUACAUCAGACAUAAAGUCCCAUCAUCUGUUGUGAAGGUCCCGUCAUCUGUUGUGCAGUUUCCAUAAUCUAUUGUGAAGGUCCCAUCAUCAGUUUUGAAGGUCCCAUCAUCUAUUGUGAAGAUAUCAUCAUUCGUUUUGAAGGUCCCGUGAUAUGUUGUGAAGGACCCAAUCAUCUGAUGUAUCGACACGAUAAUUUUUGUCCCAUUCAGUUGUUAGGUCGCCGUCAUUCUACUCGUACCGAACAAUAGGUCAAACUAUUCCCUGGGAGCUUUCGGUCUAUAGUCCUGAGACAGUAGGUCAAGCUAUUUACUGGGAGCUUUCGGUCUAUAGUACUGAGACAGUAGGUCAAGCUAUUUACCUGCAGCUUUAAGUCUGUACUACUGAAAAGUAAGCGAAGCUAUCCACCGUUAGCUCUCAGUCUAUAGUAGGUCUUCCAUUUAUUAAAGUGCGGAAUGUUGACGAAAUAAAGAGAUUGCGGGGGGGGGGGGGAUAUUCGGGGCUACUUUGGCAUUUAACAAAAGUUUUGGUAAAGUGCGGAAUGUUGACGAAAUAAAGAGAUUGGGGGGGGGGGGGGGUGCUAAUCGGUGCUACUCUGACAUUUAACAAAAGUUCUGGAUUCUAUUGUUAAAAUCUAUUGAACUGAUUAUAUCUAAGGUCUGAAUUCUAUCUUUGUAGCAUUAAACAUCGCCGUUUACCAAAAAGCUCCAUGUGUGGCCAUAGCAUGACGCAGACAGAGCUUUCAUAAAGCUGCGAGUCACAUGAUGUGAUAAUGCUGGAUAAUCAUGUCAUAUUAUGUGACAAUUAUUCAUAGAUAAUCUAUAGGCGUUGUGUGGUAUAAAUUACAUAAUUUUGUCACAUGUUGUGAUAAUCUUAGAUGGUCGUUUCACAUAAUUGGAUAAGCUUAGAUAAUCAUGUUACAUUGUGGAAUAAUCUUAUAUAAUCCUGUAACCGCUUAUAUAAUCCCGUACUGUCUUUGAUUCAAUUGUAAUGUUGUAGUUUUUUAAAUAAUACCCUGAAGGAAUACAACUUCAUUUAGAGGUUAACAUUUAUCUCCUGUAAAUCACUCCGUGAGCCAUGGUUGAGCCAUGUUUCAGCCAUCUUUGAUACAUGGUUGAGCAAUUUUUGAGCCAUAUUUGACCCAUUGUUGAGCCAUAUUUGAGCCAUUAUUUAGCCAUUGUUGAGCCAUGGUUGAGCCAUGUUUGGGCCAUGGUUUAGCCAUGGUUGAGCCAUAUUUGAGCCAUUGUUGAGCCAUUGUUGAGUCAUGGUUUUAGCCAUAGCUGAGCCAUGUUUGAGCCAUGGUUGAGCCAUUGUUCAGCCAUGGUUGAGCCAUUUUUGAGCUAUGGUUGAGCCAUGGUUUAACUAUAGUUGAGCCAUGUUUGAGUCAUGGUUGAGCCAUGUUUGAGCCAUGUUUUAGCGAUGUUUGAUCUAUGGUUGAGCUAUGUUUGAGCCAUGGUUGAGCCAUGUUUUAGCCAUAGUUGAGCCAUGGUUGAGUUAGGACAGGGGCUCCCAGUCUGGAGUUGCGAGACCUUGUUUCAGUGACUCCGCCAUAGAAAGCUGAUAUCAUUUGUUUUGUCUGUGCAAGAGCUGCUAGAAUUAAUGUAAGAUUUCCGAGUAUUACAGGGUUGAGGCAGACAUGAUUUUAAAAAAAAGUUCUUUCACUGUCACUUCAAUGGGCAUGAUUUGGGACAUAUUAUCCUAAAGAUUUAUGCACUGCAAGAAUAUUUAUUUUACAGGGAUAUAGUUACAGACAGAAUAGUUAUUUUACAGGGAUAUAGUUACAGACUCAGACAGAAUAGUUAUUUUACAGGGAUAUAGUUACAGAUCGAAUAUUGAUUUUGCAGGGCUAUUGUUAAAGACAGAAUAGUUAUUUUACAGGGGUAUAGUUACAGACUCAGACAGAAUAGUUAUUUUAUAGGGAUAUUGUUACAGACAGAAUAGUUAUUUUGCAGGGCUAUUGUUACAGACAGAAUAGUUAUUUUGCAGGGCUAUUGUUACAGACAGAAUAGUUAUUUUGCAGGGAUAUUGUUACAGACAGAAUAGUUAUUUUACAGGGGUAUAGUUACAGACUCAGACAGAAUAGUUAUUUUAUAGGGAUAUUGUUACAGACAGAAUAGUUAUUUUGCAGGGCUAUUGUUACAGACAGAAUAGUUAUUUUACAGGGCUAUUGUUACAGACAGAUUAGUUAAUUUACAGGGCUAUUGUUACAGACAGAAUAGUUAAUUUACAGGGCUAUUGUUACAGACAGAUUAGUUAAUUUACAGGGCUAUUGUUACAGACAGAAUAGUUAUUUUGCAGGGCUAUUGUUACAGACAGAAUAGUUAUUUUGCAGGGCUAUUGUUACAGACAGAAUAGUUAUUUUGCAGGGCUAUUGUUACAGACAGAAUAGUUAUUUUGCAGGGAUAUUGUUACAGACAGAAUAGUUAUUUUACAGGGGUAUAGUUACAGACUCAGACAGAAUAGUUAUUUUAUAGGGAUAUUGUUACAGACAGAAUAGUUUUUUUUGAAGGGCUAUUGUUACAGACAGAAUAGUUAUUUUGCAGGGCUAUUAUUACAGACAGAAUAGUUAUUUUGCAGGGCUAUUGUUACAGACAGAAUAGUUAUUUUGCAGGGCUAUUGUUACAGACAGAAUAGUUAUUUUGCAGGGCUAUUGUUACAGACAUAUUAGUUAAUUUACAGGGCUAUUGUUAUAGACAGAUUAGUUAUUUUAUAGGGAUAUUGUUACAGACAGAAUAGUUAUUUUGCAGGGCUAUUGUUACAGACAUAUUAGUUAAUUUACAGGGCUAUUGUUACAGACAGAUUAGUUAAGUUACAGGGAUAUUGUUACAGACAGAUUAGUUAAUUUACAGGGAUAUAGUUACAGACAGAUUAGUUAAUUUACAGGGGUAUUGUUACAGACAGAUUAGUUAAUUUACAGGGGUAUUGUUACAGACAGAUUAGUUAAUUUACAGGGGUAUUGUUACAGACAGAAUAGUUAAUUUACAGGGCUAUUGUUACAGACAGAUUAGUUAAUUUACAGGGCUAUUGUUACAGACAGAAUAGUUAAUAAUGUCCCGAUAACAAUGUCUGUCUUAUCAAUUAUUACAGGGCUAUUGUUACAGACAGAUUAGUUAAUUUACAGGGCUAUUGUUACAGACAGAAUAGUUAAUUUACAGGGCUAUUGUUACAGACAGAAUAGUUAAUUUACAGGGCUAUUGUUACAGACAGAAUAGUUAAUUUACAGGGCUAUUGUUACAGACAGAUUAGUUAAUUUACAGGGCUAUUGUUACAGACAGAAUAGUUAAUUUACAGGGCUAUUGUUACAGACAGAUUAGUUAAUUUACAGGGCUAUUGUUACAGACAGAUUAGUUAAUUUACAGGGCUAUUGUUACUGAUAAAAUAGUUGUUUUCUAUGGGUAUUGUUACAGAUAGAAUGGUUAUUUUACAGGGAUUUUGUGACAGAAUAGUUAUUUCAAAGGGAUAUUGUUACAGAUAGACUAGUUAUUUCAUAGGGGAAUUGUUACAGAUAGAAAAGUUAUUUUAUACGGGUAUUUUGACAGAUAGAAUAGUUAUUUUAAAGGGGUAGUGUGACUCAUAGAACAAUUAUUUUAAAGGGGUAUUCUUACAGAUAGAAUAUGCAUUUCAAAGGGAUAUUGUUACAGAUAAAGUAGUUAUUUGACAGUGGUAAUGAGCAAUAAAUAUUGGAAAAUGCAAAUUUUAAUUUGUAUUCUUCCAUCUGUCCACAGAGAGAGAGUCACAGGAAGAAACCAACUUGAUAGAGGUUCUCAGAUCCAUGGGGAAAAGGCAUCAUACCGUUAACGUCUAAAAGAAGCAUGAAAGCACUCGACGAUGAAGUCAAAUGACUUAAUAAAAAAAAGUUAUAACAAUUUGUUUUUUAAAAAGGAAACUGUAAUUAAUUUAAGAAAAUAAGCUAAAUGAUCUUUUUUUAAAUGGAUAUCGGUAAAGAAGAGUUGCAACAAGAAUUUUUAAAAAUCUUUUUAAUUUAGAUAUAGUUUUAACAUUUACAUUAGUGUCAUUCGUAAACAAGCGCAGAAUAAUUCAUGGGUUUUUCUAAUACUUUAUGACAAGAAUAGUUACAUCUGUAAAUAAUUUGAUUCAAAACUAUGUUUUGCAAAUAAAAUUCAUGAGUCAUUAUGUCCCUUAGUUUAAUGAAUUCAUGUGUCAUUAUGUCCCUAAGUUACCUAAGUCAUAUGUCAAUAUGUCCCUCACUUACCAAAAUUCAUGUGUCAAUAUGUCCCUAAGCUACUGAACUAAUGUGUCAAUAUGUCUCUUCGUUACUGAAUUCAUGUGUCAACAUGUUCCUUAGUUAAUGAAUUCAUGUGUCAUUGUGUCCCUUAGUUACUAAAUUCUUGUGUCA